GUUUAUGAUCCACUUCGUGUCAAAGGUGGGUGAAACUGAAAGAAGAUUUUCACAUUCCUGAUCAGAGCUGAGACGCCAUUACAGGGAGUGAGAUCUCUGCUGGAAAACACACAGUUGGAGUUUAUUAAGUGGAGAGACUAAAAGCUGGUGAGUCCUGCUACUGAAAAAUACAUUUACAAAUGGCUGAGAGAGCUGUUCUUGAAAGUUACCUGAGCUGCCAUGUGUGUUCAGAGACUUUCAGAGAUCCUGUGUCUCUGAACUGCAACCACAGCUUCUGUUCAAGCUGCCUGCAGAAAUUCUGGGAACAAGCUGAAAACAAAAACUGUCCCAUUUGUAAAAGAAAAUCCUUGACAGAUGAGCCAGCAUUAAAUUUUACACUGAAGGAACUGGCUGACUCCUUUGCUGGGAGACAGAACAAUGAUUCACCUGAGACAGAAAAAGAAAAGGAGAAAGAGGAGGUGGUGUGUGAUAAACAUCCAGACGUCUCUUAUUGGUUCUGUAAGGAUGAAGAUAGAGCUGUGUGUCCUGUCUGUGAGUUUUCUCUCCACCACGGUCACAAGGUGGUUCCUAUAGAACAAGCAGUCAGUGAGCUGAAGGACCAGCUGAAAUGUGACUUAAAGUCUCUGCAGGACAAGAGGGACAAAUACAAACAAGUGGAGGAAACAUACAAUGAAGUGAUUGAACACUCCAAGAAGCAGCUGUUGUCCACAGAGAGGCAGAUCAGAGCAGAGUUCAACAAGCUCCAGCAGUUCCUGAAAGAGGAAGAGGAGUCCAGACUGGCAGCUCUGAGGGAGGAAGAGGAGCAGAAGGGGAAGACUCUCAGCAGAGAGAUGAAGAUGAUUGAGGAGCAGAUCUCCUCUCUGUCACACAGUAUCUGUGCUGUUGAAGAAGAGCUGCAGAAACACGAGGUGCCAUUCCUCAGCAGUUAUAAAGCCACUCAGAGCAGAGCCAGAGUCCAGUGCUCACUGUCAGAUCCACAGCUGGUCUCAGGAGCGCUGAUAGAUGUGGCCAAACACCUGGGCAACCUGUCCUUCAGAGUCUGGGAGAAGAUGAAGGACAAGGUCCACUUCAGUCCUGUCAUUCUGGACCCAAACACUGCAAACCCCUGACUCUAUCUGUCUGAUGAUCUGACCAGUGUGAGAAAUGGAGACACAAAGCAGCAGCUUCCUGACAAUCCAGAGAGACACACUAAGUAUACCACUGUUCUGGGCUCUGAGGGCUUCAGCUCAGGGAAACACAGCUGGGAGGUGGAGGUGGGAGACCAUCCUGACUGGCUUUUGGGUUUGGCUAAAGAGUCAGCUGACAGGAAGGGAGAGAUACUUGCCUCACCAAAAGAUGGAAUCUGGUGUUUAACACAUAACAAAGGAGAAUACUCUAAUGGAGCUGGUGAGACUGUCACAGUGAAGAAGAGUCUCCAGAGAAUCAGAGUCCAGCUGGACUAUGACAGGGGAGAGGUGUCAUUCUACGACCCUGAAGACAUGACUCACAUCUGCACUCACAGAGACACUUUCACUGAGAAACUCUUCCCAUUUUUUGAAAUUGGUCCGACUGGUGAUGCUAAAACUGCUGAUAUCAAAAUGUGUCACACUGAGAUUUCUCUGUGAUGUUCAGACAUGUUGGUGUUAGUGAAGACUUUACUCUGACUUCACUGUUUGUCUCGAUGUCAUUGGGAUAAUUAAAACAAUACACAGUUAAUCCAGAAAAAUGUACUCAGUGUUCAAACUACAUUACAUCACCAGGUAAUUAACUUUUAUACAUAUACAUUUAUAUAUAUUAUAACUUAUUUGCCUGGUUAUCAGCAUCUUGUGUUUAAUCAGAUCACAAUAUAACAUACACUGUGUUCAUUAUACCCAGUACUUUGUUUCAAGUUGUUUGACUCUUUCUUUUAUCGUCAUCAGACAUAUUUAAUUUUUCAGAUUUCUGGAACUUCUAAUGAGAUAUUUUCAUGUUGAUCAUGUUGUAUUUUCAGUUUUGUACAGUUUACACAGAGUCUCAGUGACUCAAAACAUAUUCUGGCUCUGAUUGAUGGUUAUUAUUUUAUUCUUCAGCAGAACUGAUUUGUUGUAAAUACCUGUCUCCACUGUAUGAAAUGAAUUGUGUGUAAAUAUUUUCUUUAUCUUCAUUUGUCUUUUUCAUGCAACCCAUUGUAAAAACAUGUGGAUAUAAAUCAUUGUUUUAAUCUGAAACUUGUUUUUGAUUUAUUUCUAUUUUGUUUAGCCAAAAUCUCAAGAUAAUAACUUGAUGGUAAUUGUCUUUAAAAGAAACAGAUGUAGAGUAUAAAUUAUGUUAAAAUGAAGUGUAAUCCACAAGAAAAUGUGCCACCUCUUGCUGAAACUGUAUCAUACUGUCUGAAGACAAAUUUUCAAUCCAGAGCCAGAUCCAAAGCUUUCAAAUAUUUUGGUUAUCAGCAUCUUGUUUUGAGGCAUUGUGUACAAAAAACUCAACUGCUCAAUAAAACACAGAACAGAAGUACAAA